GUACGACUCUGUAAAGUCUGUGAGUCACUGCACAACCCAUCAAUCCAAUUAAAUGUCUUGAGCGAGCUGAGCAGGCGGUGCUGCCGCCCGCUGCCGCUCGCCCCGCCGCGGCAGCCCCUGCUCGCAGCGCCCCUCUGAUCCAUGGCUGUCUGUCUGUACUUGUUACGGUGUAACAUCUUCCUUCUCCUCCUUCUCCUCCUUCUCCUCCUCCUCCUAGGGAGCCGCUGCAACUUCCCCUCAGCCAGCCUCCUCCUCUGCUUGGGGACUGCAAAGGCAUGGGAUAGACCCAAAGCCACUUCUCUCUGUCUCCCCACCAGCCCUUGCUCAGUUUUGCUCCUUUAAAUUAAAGUCCGUUCCUCGCUCCUCAUCGUUUUAGAGAUUUAUUUGUCAGACUAUUAUUUCCCCUGGUUUUUCUUUUUCCUCGGCGGGGGCAAGGGUCGUAGGGGCCGGUGGGUUUAUGUUAGGGAGGGGCGCUCCCUCACCCCACCCCCUCGGUUUUUCCUCCUCCCUUUUCGACCGUGACUUGAUUUCCCUGCUCCUUUCCGUUCCCACCCGUCGAACUCACCGUCCUGCACUCGAGUGACGCACCGACACCCCCCCCCCCCCCAGCCCACAGCCCAGACGUCCCCUCCCUCGCUGCCACCCCGACCCGUCUCGGAGCUGGACCGGGUGCAGACUUUGCAAAAGGAUUUUUUUUUUCUUCUCUUGUACCUGGGAUUGAAUCCAGAGGUGCUCUACCACCAAGCUGCAUCCCCAAUCUCCAGCCCUUCAAUUUUAGAAUUUUAAAUAUAUGUUGGGUAAAGGAGGAAAACGGAAGUUUGAUGAGCAUGAAGAUGGGCUGGAAGGCAAAAUCGUGUCUCCCUCCGACGGUCCAUCCAAGGUGUCUUACACCUUACAGCGCCAGACUAUCUUCAACAUUUCCCUUAUGAAACUCUAUAACCACAGGCCCCUGACAGAGCCCAGCUUGCAAAAGACCGUUUUAAUUAACAACAUGUUGAGGCGGAUCCAGGAGGAACUCAAGCAGGAAGGCAGCCUGAGGCCCGGCUUCACCCCCUCCUCCCAGCCCAGCGACUCCCUGAGCGACAGCUACCGAGAGGCCCCGCCCGCCUUCAGCCACCUCGCACCCCCUCCCACCCUUCCCUGCGACCUCGGAAGCACUACACCCCUGGAGGCCUGCCUCACCCCGGCCUCCCUGCUGGAGGACGACGAUGACACUUUUUGCACUUCGCAGGCUGUGCAGCCCACAGCUCCUACCAGACUCUCCCCUCCAGCCCUCCCGCAGGAGAAGGACAGCUUCUCCUCUGCCUUGGACGAGAUCGAGGAGCUCUGUCCCACAUCUACCUCCACAGAGGCCACCGUGGCAGCGACUGACAGCUUGAAAGGGACCUCCAGUGAGUCCAGCAUCCAGAAAUCCGAGGGGCCCCAAGAGGGCCGCACGGAUGACUCAAAACUGAUGGACUCUCUGCCUGGGAAUUUUGAAAUAACAACUUCCACGGGUUUCCUGACAGACUUGACCCUGGACGACAUCCUGUUUGCUGACAUUGACACGUCCAUGUAUGAUUUUGACCCCUGCACAUCUGCGUCGGGGGCAGCCUCAAAAAUGGCCCCUGUGUCGGCCGAUGACCUCCUCAAGACUCUGGCUCCUUAUAGCAGUCAGCCCGUCACCCCGAGUCAGCCUUUCAAAAUGGACCUCACAGAACUGGACCACAUCAUGGAGGUGCUCGUUGGGUCCUAAGACCCGGGGACUCCGCCACCUGACCCCACUGCCACGCCCGCCCAGACACUGCGAGCGUCUCCCCACAACCCUGACAAUUCUCCGCACUGUGCAUGCACCCUUGCCUGCCUUUUUCAGAGAAAAAAAGAAAAUUUUACAAAAGGAUCACACUAGUUUUUGCUUUGAGCAGAGUUGGAGUGCCUUCAUCCAAGUAUGACCACUUUUAAUAUGCUUUUUUUGAGUGGUUCCUCAGAGACCUACUACCCUGGUAUAGGAAAGAGUCCAUUUGAAGACAAUGUUGCUAAUGUUGAAUGGCAAACAAACAGUUCGAGUGAAGCACAAGGAUUAAGUUGGAAAAGCUGUAAAUUGCAUGUGCAUAUUUGUCUAUUUUUUCUAUAAGUUUUAAUGCAAGAGGUAAAAAAGAAAAAAUAUAUAUAUAUAUAUUAUUUAGAUAAUCUCAGUACCUUUCCUGGCAUUUUCGCCCUGUAUAGGUUGACCCGGCAAAUCAGCCUUUUUAGAGGCAUUAAGUACUCCUCGUAAGUGUUGCAUUUACAUGGCUGUUUAGAAAACUGCUGCCCAAAUUUAUUUUAUAUUUUUGUACAGAUUCUGCAGUUUAUGAUAUUGUUUUUCUAAAAACAAAUGCUGUUUAUACAUAUGAGAUAGCUAUUUUGAUAGGAUUUGCUCACAUAGUUCCUGCAAACUUCAGAUGUACAAGUUGCACUUGUACUUUUAUAGAGUUGUAAUGUUUUAUAUGUGUAUGGUGCAAGAGAAAAUUGGAUCAAAUCAAUCUGCAGUUGAUGUCCCCAAAUGCAAACAGACACACACACACACAGGGCCAGGUGAUAUCACACCCAAAUUUCACAAGCACCAUCCCUCUGGCACAAACACCCGCCAGUACUGUGACUUCCAAAGCCAGAGCCGCAUCUGCUCAUCAAACUUGCAUUAAGCAAUUGGUGGGAGGUGGCCAUGGAACUCGGGGUUGGAGUGAUGGUUCUCCUUAGCUUCCUCUGUGGGGGGACGGCUAUCAUCUUACUUAAGAGUGUAUUUAUGCCAAGUUUGCGCUUUUAAUUGUUUUUAUUUUUAUUUUUUUAAUGAAAACCCAAAUCUUUCCCUUUUUGGCGUAAUUUUUAUGAUGAACCAGAAAUUUUACAUACAAACAAAAUUUUAUGAAAAGCAACCAACCUCUUCAUGGAGCUGAGCCCUAUUGCAAUGCUCAGGGCUCAUAAAGAAGAAAUUCUUUCCAGAAGGCAUCCAUCAUGUUGCUAAAUUGUCUUUUCCAGCAUCCCUUCCCUAGAGCUUUUGUUCCCUCUGUUGCUAAGAGCUGGAAAUGGCAUCCUCAUGAUCACCACAGUGAGCUCGGCUCGCUCGCCUCGCCUCUGCUGGCCGGGAUGCACUCUUCCUCCAACAUCCGCCACUCUUGAAGCUGGAGUUCCUCACCUCGCAUCACGGCAUCUGGUCUCGUUGCUUUCUUAAAUCAACUGCUAAUUUAACCACACUUUACAAGGCUGUUUCACCCAAAUACACAGACAGGAAUUUCUAUGCAUGUUUCCCCCUCCUCCCCUACGCCCCCCACCCCCAGGAGACCCUUAAGAAGUAGCUUUUUAUUCCUAGUGGUGUACAUUUAAUUUUAAAACAUUUGCAAUGUAUCAUGCUUGUUGCCGAGAUUGUUUGUGGCCUUUCUGUUUCAGUUUUCUCUUUCUUCCAAUGGUACUUUAGCUGUUGAGUGCAGGUUACAACCUAUAUUGUUAUGCAGGUGGCUUCUUUAGGAAUAACUUUUAUAUUUAUUUAAAAAUUUUUAAAUUAUGGGAUUUUGUUUUGUUGUUAUUGUUGUUGUCGUCUGUUGUUGGUCAUUUGUCAAUAUGCAGUCACCAAUUCUGCUCACUUCUUGCCAUGGAUAAAAUUGGGUCUCUCUGGCCAAUUAAAAAAGUCAACUUGAGAAAAUGGCACUUUAAACAAGCCAUAGAUAGUUUUAUUUUUAUAAUGCACAUGGCAAAGCAAAUACGUUUGUGAUGAAGGACCUGCUCAUCUAAGCAAGAGAUUCGGGUAUGAUACGAUUAAAUCUUUUCUGCAUUCUAAUUUUCUUUUUUUUCCCCACUCGAAUGUGUCUUUAAAGGCUAAUUAUCAACUCAGUAGAGCAAUGAGAAACUGAUCAAAUUGCAACUCGUUCUCCUACAAGCAACCUCCACGCAAACACCUCUUACUGCUGCACAUGUGUCAUUUCCUUUGAUAUAGGACCAGGGACCAUAUAAUUAAGGUUAGAGUUGUUAUCGAUGCUUCCAGUGUCGCCGAGCUUCCCUUUAUUGUAAGGAGACGGGCCUGCCCAGGCUGCAUGCAUUGUACAACUGGAGGACCCUGCAAACUGGCCACGUGCUGCACACAUCUACAUACAUACACGCACACAAUAGUGUUGAUUAUUCUGAACAAUAACAGGGUAAAGCAGUUGAUUUGCCAUUGUUAAAAACUGAUUUACAGUAACUUAGAACAACUGUACUUUCGUUGGAUUACCAAACCGUGUGUUUAAACAAAUCCCAUAUGUUGGGCAACAGUUCAAAUAAGCACAGAGAAGCGCUGCCCAAACUUGGUUCUCUGACUCUGGUGUAUUUGUAAGGCUGGGCUUCAAAAUCAAAACAAAAACCCCCAGCGACAGCAGGCAAGUGCUUUUUAACUCUGAAACCCUUGCCAUAAACUCUUGAUGCUCACGGUCUGACAGAGAUGUUCAUGGGAAACCAAUGGCCCAUUUUCAGAAAGAGUGAAGCCUUCAAGAGUUUAAAGUGUCUUUGUGUCCUAUUUUUACCAAGCCAUGUCCCAACAGAGAGGAGUAGGAGCUGGAGUGGGAUCUCCACAUCUCAGUUCCAGUGCAGGAUGUGCUUCCAAAUGCCUCUUGGCAGCAGUUCCUUCCCCUUUAAGAAUGGCAUCCAGAGCCAGGCAGGCAACUUGAGGUACCUUUAAUGAGAAAGAUGGGCUGGGUGGGGCUGGGGCUGGGAGAGGACAAUUAUUGACAGUGAUGUGCAAUGAAGUGACAAGAUGAGAGCAGAAUCAUAAGAGCUUUGAAUUUGAAGUGAUUUUUUUCCCAUAAGUUAUUUAUUCCUUUUUAUUUCUGUGUAAAUAUAUUUAUUUUACUGUGGAGCUCUAACAACAUCUGGAUGGUAAUGUGCAGAAUGUAUGGUAGGAAUGUAUUCUCUUGUAGGAAUGUAAAUCUGUAUUAAAAGGGGGUCCAAGCCAGACCCCCAUGGGUCUUCUCAUCAGACACACAGUCCACAUCCACUUUUACUGUCUCUUCUAAUAUGGGUCUAUUUGAAAUAUGCAAAAGGUAUGGAUGAGGAAUGUUUUAAUACCUCCAAAUUUUUAAGAAAAUCAAGCAUCAAAGGGUUGAUAUUUUUAAAAGUUUUCUUAGUAGCACUUUCUCUUGAUGACAGAAAGGGGCAACCACACGGGCACCCACAUUCAUACCAAAGGGUGAGAAAUGGCCAGAGCCUCCUACCACCCCUGAGUGUCUUUAUCAAUUGAACUUUUUAUCGCCAUAGCCCCUUGGAGUGCCCCCAACCACCCUGAGGUCAAUCAAGGAAAAUUUCUUAACUAAAUAAGCUCCAAAGAGCCAAAGUAUCAACUUACGGAUCAUUUUUAAAGCUUAAAUUUAUUAACCACCUUUGCGGUAAACAAAUGAAUUAUGAAUACUGCAGGGGCAGCCUUCUUAAGUGACAGAUGUAAAAAAAAAAAAAAAAGACUCUGUGCAGCGAUUGUUAUUCUACUCUCUCUGAAUUGUCUUAAUUUCAAAACUUUGCUGUUACAAAUUGGACCUUUAUACCGUUUUCUGAAAAGAUUGAAAAGAGCAUAUUUAACCUGUCCUGACUGUAAAUGGUUAACUCCUGUAAUUGCCCCACACAUGGUGGGGGCAGCAAGGUGUUCCUGUCCUGCUUUGUGUACAAUUGUUCUCAAUGCUUCCAAGAAUGAGUCUAAAUGGUUCUUGAAAAUUAGCCAGGAUCAAAUGCUAUUGCAGACAAAGCCAAUAAAAAAAUUUUGGACUUCUUUUGGGGAUAAUAAGUUUGGAAGAGAAGUGCAGUCCACAUGUACAAACAACCAAGAUUUUGAAAAAGAUGUACAUAGUGACAUGUUUGGUGCAUGGGUUUUGAGGAAGGCUUUUUUUUUUUUUUUUUUGUCAAAAAGGAGGUGUGACCUUUCCCCACAGACCUGAGAGCUGUGCCUUUUCUAUGCAAUAUUACAGACGUCACAUCGGAACCCAGAGGGCUGUGUUCAAUGUAGGUUCGGGCUGUAAUCUAAACAAUUGGACAGAUUAAAUGUACAUGGAAAUGAGCAGUCUUACUUUUGUAGUUUUAUAUAUACAAUAAACAGUUAAAAGAUGGGA